GUGAAACCGAGUAGUAACCAGGAAGUAGCUAGGAAGCUAAGCAGAGGAUCAUGAGCAGCUGAGAAUCGGAUAUUUCGACUGGUCAGAAGGGCAGGAUGGGCAGGCAGAGGAAGAGGGUGGUGACGGGUGAAGCUGCUCCGCCUCCAAGGAAAGAUGAGAAGCCCUCUGCGUUGCACCGCAAAGAGAAGAAGAAGAAAGUUGAUAUUGGAAAAGUUUUUAUCAACAUCUCUAUUGGCCUCUGCAUCUUUAGCCUUAUCUGGUUCUUUUAUGCCAUCUACAUGCGAUCCAUUUUGUCCAAACGAGUGGUGACUCUGCACCCGUCCCCUUGUAUCCUGGAUGCUAACAGCAGCGAUCCAAAGGUUUCACCAGAGAGGUUCUGGGGCACGUACAGGCCUCAGGUCUACUUUGGCAUGAAAACAAGGAGUCCCAGGUCAAUUGUGACAGGGAUGAUGUGGAUGCGUCAGCGUUCUGAUUUUGAUGUGAACCUAAGGCACACUUGUGAGCAGGGGGAUCAUUUGCAAGGCUAUGGCUGGCAGAUGCAUGAUGGGCUCACUUUUGGUGUCCAAGAAAUCCGAGAUACUGAUUUCAUACUAACUACAGAGUUUGUUAAGAGGAUGGGAGGGGAUCACGGAGGGGACUGGACCUGGAGGAUCACAGCCAAACAGCAUAGCUCUGCACCCCAAGCACCAGUCAUAUCCCUUAUGUUUUACGCUGCAGCAGACACACAGGGCUCUCUUCAGGGUCAGGUGGAAGAGAAAAAUCGCCUUGCUUCCAUAAGUGGUUUCUCAGAGGAGCUUGGAAAAUUUAAGAUCACCUUCAGAAAGCCUGUCACUGGGGAGGCAUCCAGCACCAAAUAUGCCAGCUACAACUACCUUCAGACUGUCUCUCCUGGCUUGGAGAAGUUGACCGAUAUUGUGAAGCUCAGUCUGAACCGCAAGUUUGUCUACAACCCUCCCUCCGGUGAGAAGAGGAAUUGCAUCGCUGUAGACACCUACAAGCCCCCCCAAAACCAAAACCAACAGAAACCUGCUGAAACAAGGAAAGAAAGUGACUUUGUGGUUCACCAGGUAACGGUUCAAACACCCUUCCAGAUUGAAGUUCUGUUUGAGUCUGGAAGCUUCUACAAUCGCCCCAACCAGCUGGUGGGCCCUGUUAUGACUCAGGAGCUGGAGAAGAAAAAAACCGAGUUUAAUGCAAAGUUUGAGAGGAAUUUUGACCUUCAGAGCAAAGGUUUUAACCAGGGAGAGAUUAAAUUUGCCAAAGCAGCACUCAGCAACAUGUUGGGUGGAAUGGGUUACUUCCAUGGGGAGUCAGUGGUACAGUCAGCCUACAAUGAAUACCCGCUGCUGUACCCUGAAGGGGCUUUAUUCACUGCUGUCCCAUCCCGCUCAUUUUUCCCCAGAGGCUUCCUCUGGGAUGAGGGUUUUCAUCAGCUGCUGCUGAGUAAGUGGGAUCCCCAGGUGACAAGAGAGGUGAUUGCCCACUGGUUUGACCUAAUGAAUAUGGAGGGCUGGAUCCCCCGUGAGCAAAUUCUCGGAGAUGAAGCCCGCAGUAAAGUGCCAGCUGAAUUUGUUGUUCAGCGGAAUGAGAAUGCAAACCCGCCUACUCUCUUCCUGGCUCUACAGGAACUCGUUGAACAGCUUUCCUCAAACGCUGACGAAGAAGCAUCACAACCAACCCUGUCUUUCCUCCGACGGCUCUUCCCCAGGCUGAAAACCUGGUUUGAAUGGUACAACACCACCCAGAAGGGGCUCCUACCCAAUUCUUACCGCUGGCGUGGGCGCGACAAGGACACCAAUCUGUUCCUCAAUCCCAAGACCUUAACCUCCGGGUUGGAUGACUACCCACGUUCCUCACACCCCUCAGCAGAUGAGCGGCAUGUCGAUUUACACUGCUGGAUGGCCUUGUCUUCAGGCAUUAUGGCUAGCAUAGCCCAGCUUCUGGGUGAGCCCCAUCAAGACUACAAACUCUUACAUGAUGUGCUCAGUGACAACAACCUGCUAAAUGAGCUCCACUGGUCAGAACAACUCCAUGCUUUCUGUGACUACGGCAACCACACACAAGCUGUGUCCUUGCAGCAGGAGAAGGUGUAUUUUCCUCCUGGACAGCCUCGUCAUCAGUUCCCUGUGGCACGCCUUAUCCGCUCUGUCCGCAGAGCCCCUAAGCUGCAGUACGUCAAUGCUUUGGGUUAUGUCAGCUUGUUUCCGUUUUUACUGCAAAUCCUCCAACCAGACUCACCUAAACUAGAGCAUAUCUUCCGUGACAUGAGGGACUCCAAUAAGCUGUGGACAUCCUAUGGUCUGCGUUCUCUCUCUAAGGCCGAUUUUCUGUAUAUGAAACGAAAUACAGAACACGAUGCCCCCUACUGGAGGGGGCCAGUAUGGAUUAACAUCAACUACUUGGCAGUCAGAGCGCUCCAAUACUACAGCAACACUGAAGGGCCAUACCAAGAGAAGGCAGCUGUUCUUUAUGAGGAACUCAGGACUAACCUUAUCAAUAAUGUUUACAGACAGUAUGUUGAAACAGGGUAUAUCUGGGAACAGUACAACGACAGUACUGGCAGGGGCCAAGGAAGCCACCCCUUCACUGGCUGGUCUGCCCUGACAGUACUGAUGAUGGCUGAGCAGUAUUGAUACUAUUCAUUUGAUCUCACUGUUGCUUAAAAUUCUGACAUUUAUUUAUGUGUAUGUGAUUGAAUCAACAUAGACCUUUAAAUGAUAGAAGUAUAGUCUGGCUGACUGCAGUGAAAAGAUGCAGGUGUGAAAGAUCAUUUCCACAUAAAAACCUAAAUUAAAAUAACAGUGCAGCUGCCCGUCUUUGUUUUAUAUGAAGCGCAGUUCUGUGAAUUAUUACUACACACUUUUAUUUAAUAAAAUGAUUUUCAUGAAAUCCUCAUUUUUCUGUCCCUUUGCUUCAUCACUCUUAAAUAUGGAAAAUGAGGACAGAUGAUUAUACCUCUUUAAAAUGCACAUUUGCUCAGCUAAAGGGCGAUUUAGAGUAAAUCAGGACACACUGAAAGUAGGUAUUCACAAGUUUUGUGGUGGUUAUUUAAGUUGUGCUUUCACAACAAGGGCCAAUCAUCUGUAAUUGUGCCAAUUUCUUAUUAAUCUGUGACGGCUUUUUUCCCCUCUCUGUCUUAAUGAAUGAUCAUUUUGUUAUUUAAUUCUUUAAUCACAUUUAAAAAAAAGAGAAAAAGUUGUGUCCAGUCUUGUUAAACAUUUCUAAAGUUCCUGCUUUUAAUGGCAGAAUUAUGGUUUGACUGGCAGGGAAACCAUGACUGUUAAAUUUGAUUUGUUUUUUCAAAAACAAUAAAUGGUUUGAAUAUA